AUAUUAGUGUCAGGUGUACAGCGUAGUGGUUAGACAUUUAUAUUAUUUAUGCAGUGAUCCCCUCAUUAGUUUAGUACCCACCUGGCAACACACAUAGUAGUUGUUCCAACAUUAUUGAGUCUAUUCCCUAAGCUGUCCUUUACAUCCCGUAACUAUUUUGUAACUACCAAUUUGUACUUCUUAAUCCUUUCACAUUUUUCACCGUUCCCCAAACCCCCCUCGCCCCACACACCCGCAACCAUCAGUUUGUUCUCUGUAUCUGUGAGUCUGUUUCUGUCUUGUUUGUUCAUUUCGUUUGUUCUUUAGAUUCCCUCUGGCAUUUUUGAGACAGGAAAUGGACCCCCCAGUUCACCCCCAGUUACAUCUGGGUUAUGGCCACAGAGGCCAGCAGGGACAGACAAAUGGACAGUGUUUGUGUCUUGCUCUUGCUUGGUCCGGAUCCUAACUGGCUUAGUGCCCUGAGCAGCACCUGGACACCACAGGCCUUGGGCAAAGGUGUCCGGACUAUUUGAAUUAUAAAAGAAAACUGGAAAGGCGUUCAAGGUCACAAGUUCAGAGAAGAGUCCAGAAACAGAACCUGACUUGCUGUCCAGGGCCGGUCCUUGAUGUGUUCCCCUCCCCCUUCCCAAACAGGCCAAGGAUCCAGCACAGGUGGGAUGGCUCUUCAUCCAGGACAGGUGGGAAUGCUCUGAUAUCCAGUUCCUCCUGUUGGAACCAGGCUGCAGGUGUGCACGUGAGAGCAGUCCCCCAAUUCCCUCCGACUCCAUUGCCUCCUCCAGCGCCCACACAUUCUCAGGUGCCCAGGACAAUCUCUUGGGGGACCGAGGGGAGUUCUGCCAGGUCCUUGCUGCUCAGAAGUUCUGGGUUUCUACUAAACACAGGGCUGGCUCCCUGGCUGCCUGGCUUUCCGGCACCAUGACCCUGGGCCGGUCCUCAUCUAUUCUCAGCCUCAGAUUCCUUAUCUGAGUUUGGGGUGAGGCUGUAAGCCCAGAUUCAUGGAAGCAGUGUGCAACACCAAGGGCAAACACAGCUGGAGGCCUGGGCCGUGUCCUGGGGGGAAAGCUGGCCGUGCAGCACGAAGCUUGGGAGGACCACGGGACGAGGUGGGGAGGGGAACGGGAUCAGGUAGGGACUGGCCCCUACCGCCGCUGGGAGGCCAGGCUCAACCCGGAGCUCGGUGCAGACUUGCAGCACGAAACUUCACCUUCGCCGCCCCAAGGAGGAUAGAGAUGUGCCAGGCACACAGCGGACACUAGACCUGCUGGAGCUUCUCGUGGCACAGCCGCUUACAAUCACAGUCAGGACAUCCAGGAUAAAGGAACCGCAGCGCGCUCGCCCGCGGCCCAUCCCUCCCUCCCACCUCCGGGCUGGCGGAGGAGGGCGGGCGUUCGCCGCACUCCCAGCACUUACAGUGCGCGAGCCCAGGGACAGGGCGGCCAACAGACCCCGGGGGUUCCCGCCUCUACAGGGGUGUGCGGGGGUCUGACAUCACACAAACAAUUCACCAACUGCACCACGCGCAUUUCCGGGUGCCCCGUCCGAGUCGGGGAGGGCUGGGGCGUCCCUGGGCCUCCGUAGCGGCCGGCAGGUGGGCGCGCGCUCGCCGGGCGGGGGUCCGGCCGGGCCGCGCGCCUCCCCCGGAACUCGGCCGUGCCAUUCCCAUGAUGCCCAGCCACCGGGCACGGCUUCCGGAGCGCGGCCGCCGCUCCCGCCGCCGCCGUCUAUUUUAAAAGUGGGUAAAAGGCGCCAUGGAGUGCAGGUGGAGCCAUGCGACCUUGUGCCAGGGUGGGCUGCUGUGUCACCGGACUGAACCUGGACGUGAAGAGAGUUUCAAGACCCUGCUGCUUCUGUCGAGAAUGACCCGACCCACGAAGGCCCCUAACUAACCGAGGAUCAGAAUCUCGUUCUUUUUACCUCACAGAGAAGCGUUUGUGGCCUCUAUCCCACUGGCACCCCUGGACAACUUUAUGAGGAUGUGAACCGGGCAGACGGACAGACUCGACUCUGCACGUCUCUCCCCGUCUGCUAGGAUGUUUCUCAUGAACGCCCCUCCUGUGCUUGCUCUCCAGUCCACAUGGGAGGCCUUCAGCCCGCCGGGGAGCUGUAGGUUUCCCGGCUGCUUCUCGGAGGCGACAGAGGGCGUGGGGGGCAGGGCGGUGCGCGCCAGUGUGCACAUGAUCAUCAGCACGUUCCAGGGGGCCCGGGCUGCACGGGGCAUGAGCCAUGAGCGCGCCCUGCAUGGGAGCCAGAGGGCAGAGAGGGGCCGUGACGCCCGCUGGGCCCCCAGCCCCGCCUCGGCUGCCUGUGCUCUUGCUGCUGAUUUUGACCCCAAGGGGGUCGAGCAAGCCGCAGAUGUCAGCCCCUCGCUGCUGGAUUCCGACAGUGACGAUUCCGUGGACCGGGACAUCGAGGAAGCCAUCCAGGAGUACCUGAAGGCCAAGAGUGGGGCCACCCAGCCCCCCGCGCCCGCCGAUGGGGACAGCCAACCAGAGCCUCCUCCGAGCAGCACCCCGACUGCCCUAUGUCCCCCAAAACUUGCCGCUGGCUCAGGAGGUGUCCCGGGCAGCCGCGUGGGGGCCGGCGAGGACCAGGGCUCCACCUCCCCGGUGAGCGUCAGCAGUGAGGACUCCUUUGAGCAGAGCAUCCGGGCAGAAAUAGAGCAGUUUUUGAGUGAGAAGAAACAGCACGAGACCCCAAAAUGUGACGUGUCUGCAGAUAAAGCACCAGACCCCAACGACAGCUUGGCCAGACCGGCACUGAGAUCCAGCAAAGAGCCAGUCAAGGCGUACCGGCAGGAUUUGAUGGGAGCGCGUAAGGAGGUUGUCUUCCGGAAACCUCCCCGGUUGGCGAAGGCAACGGCACAGCCCAGAGGCCUGAGGUCCAGGGUCACCACUGAGCCAGAGAGCAUGGGUGGCACGAAGCCAGCAGCCCCUAGGCCAGCCGCCACCUGCUGCCCUGUGGAAGCAGCCCAGAGCAAAGGUGGGGUCAAGAGGGGCGUGGGCCUUGGGAGGAGGGGGAAGCGACUCCAGAGCGCAGCCCAGGUGCACGAGGCGUCCGACUCGAGCAGCGACGACGGCAUUGAGGAGGCCAUCCAGCUGUACCAGCUGGAGAAAAGGAAGGAGGCAGGCGGGGACCCACUGCAGAAAACCCUACCGGGGGAAGAGCAGGGGCCCGACCCUCCUACACACAGCAUGAGCCACUCCACAAAAAGUGCCUUGCCAGAAACCCACCGGAAAAUGCCAGGCAAGAAGAAGCCGGUGGCCUCGAAGACCAUGGACCUCGGCCCAGGUGGCGUUGACCCUGACCAUCCCUCUAAGCCACCAAAGGAGACCAAAGCCCCUGCCCUGCCAGGAAACACGGCUGCCAAGAGUGAGUUUGUGGACCGAUCCUCAUGCCGAGCAGACACGCCCACCGAGCUGAUGUGUGCCGAAGCCAUCCUGGACAUUUCCAAAACGAUCCUGCCAGCGCCUCGAGAAGGCAGUGACAGACCCCUGUCUGCCAGCCCGCUCCUCCGUCCCCCAAACGUGCUUGCGCGCUCGGAUGGGGACAGCAGCUCGGUGGAUAGUGACGACAGCAUAGAGCAGGAGAUCCGGACGUUUCUGGCGCUGAAGGCACAGUCGGGGAGUUUGCUGGCCAGAACGGAAGCCUGCCCGCAGUCCACACACAGCCCACUGCCGUCGCCGGGCCCCAAUGGCCAGGCUGGUGGCCCCAAAGCCCCUGUCUCUAAGACACAGGCCCUGUCGCUGAGCUGUAAAAGGAAACGCAGAGGCAGCAGCAACACUGUGCGGCCACCUACACCCAAGAAAAUGAGAGAGAUGGGGAAGGAGGUCACCUUGGACUGUGACCACAGCCAGGGAAAAGCCAGCAAGGCCCCCGGAAGGGAGGGUGAGGCCGGCAGUCAGCCUCUGCCCUGCAGGACGGUCGGGCUGGGCGCGGAGGGUACGGCGCCAGACACGAGGGGUGGCGUGUCGCCAGGCCAGGGGAAGGCGGUCGAGGUGGGGGGUGUCGACGAGAAGGACAGCUCCGAGGAGAAGAGCAGCUCCCUGGACAGCGACGAGGACCUGGACACUGCCAUCAAGGAUUUGUUACGAUCUAAGCGGCAGCUCAAGAGACGGUGUCGGGACCCCAGGGCGGCCUGCAAGAAGAAGGUUAGGUUCAGCACCACCGAGGCCCAGUUCCUGGAUCAGCUGGGUGGCUUCCAGAGAGACUGGAAAGAUAAAAGCCCACACCUGCUGAAAAGCUGCCUCUCAAAGUCCAAAAAGGACAGCAGGGAGAACCUGCUAAGGAAACCUUUGCGCGUCUUCGGCCGCCAAACAGAGAGCACGAAGCCAGUGGGUGCUGGCCCCGCGGACGCGCCCGCAGCCCUCCCGUCAGGGCCACGAGCCUGUGAGGGGCACCUGUUCUCCCACGAAGCAGAAGACCACGGACUUCGCGGCUCAGCCGCCAGCCCCGGCUCCCGGUCUGACGACAGCAGUUCUGUGGACAGCGACGAUAGCAUCGAACUAGAAAUCAGGAAGUUUUUGGCAGAAAAGGCCAAAGAGUCCGUGAGCAGUUCAGAAAUUCUAGGAGGGGGUCCCACCACGCUCGGGCCGGGGAACGUGUCCAGGCCAGAGCUGCUGUGCCGAAAGGCAGUGGCCCCGGCUCUGGCCCUUCAGCCUGGAGUGUGCACGCGGAGCCAGAGGGUCAGGGGGACCCCGCAGCCAGCCAUGGGGCCGAGGGCCAGCCCCCACGCUGACCAGGCCUGCCUCCCCGCUGCUCUGGCCAGAGGCCAGCUGGUGCCGCCCAGGAGUGCCAGUGGGACUGUGUCUGCCAGAGGGUCACCCACUGGUAAGAGAAACCUUUAUCCUUACAAAGACCAAAGCCCACGAGGGACCGGGCCUGCCUCCGGGGACAGGGCUUUUGGUCAGCUGUCCAGUUGUGUGGAAGCUGGCGCCCAGGCAGGGAGCCCCAGUGGGGCCUUGCCCGUGACCUCCAGGAGCCGGAGCGCACUGACGCGGAGCCCGGGAGCAGACAGGGAAGGGGGGCCCCAAGCUGGCCUCACCCUCCCAUGGGGCGACUUUGCCCACCAGAGUCGGCUGCAGAGCACAUGGGUGCUGAGCUCAGAAGGCAGGGACAUGGCGUGGAAAGGGGGCCUCGGGAGCAAGAGGGAGAAGGGACCCGAGGGCCAGGCCCCGUGUGCACCCAGCCUCCCCCCAGACCCCAAGAGAGGCCUGCCUUUCGCAGGCUUCUCUCCGCUGCUCUCCACACAGUUAUUCCACUUUGGGAAGAGUGUCUCCUGGGGGGGCAAGCCAGCCGGCCUCUUCAGCACACCCCUGAGCCUGCCUCUGCAGGGCCCGUCCUUCUCGGCCUUCAGAGAGCCUCCGGCCAGCCAUGGCCCCGUGUUUGGAAGCUCGCACUUGCUCGUGAAGAAGGAGGGUGGACACUGGCCCAGUCGGAAGGCGCCGGCAGCGCUCAGCUUACACGACAAGAGGAACUCGGGUUCAGAGGAGGCUAUUUUAGACCUGAGGUAUCGACAGAGGGUGAUGGAUGGAGGCAAUGACGACCCGGAGGCCUGGGGCAGCGAUGCCAGUGAGCUGAGUGACACCUCCGUGGAGGAAGGCGGCAGCCCCCUGGCCAAGGGCAAGGUCCUCAAGCUGUGAGUACACGUCCCGGUUGCAGCGUGUGUGGAGAGCACGCGUAUGUGCGUGGGUCUGCUGCUGUGGUGAAGGGGAGAGCGCGCAGGAAACCAUGUCUUGUUUCACACAUGUGUCCUGGUAAAUAUGAUUUUUGUAGCUUUUUUGUAAAUUAUUUAAAGUGCUGUAAAAACUAUUUUUGGAAAAUAUAGUUGUUUGAUUUUGUAGAGAGCCCCUCAUUGCAGUUUCUGUGGUCUCCAUACAAGUCUUAGGUUUGCCCAUACUUGGUUCUGCCCGUCACAGCCAGGUUUAAAGUGACUCUGAGACUGAUACUUUGGGGUGAUUGCUGCUGGCAACAUCCGGCAGUGCCUGCAGUUCAGCCUGAGGGGGCAGCAGUGACGCCCUCCCGGGCACCACCAGAGCCCCCGUCCUGGUCUCUGUCGGGAGGCUCCUGGCCAGCACUUGUUAUCUAGGGGCCCUGGGCCCGGGCAGCCGGAGCACAUCCCCGGAACAUGCGGUCACAGCCUCCAAUCGGAAGGACGUGUCAAAGCACAGAGGCCGGCAGGCACCCUGGCUGCUCCCCGCUGCGUGGAAAUCCCAGCUGAGGGCUCGGCACGAUCACCCCAGUUCCCACACGAAGCCUUUAUUGUCUCGUGUCCUAUCCCAUUCAAUGUCUUCAUGGUUCUAACAGCUCGAUGAACCUCUUUACAUGGGAGUUGCUGUUCAUUUUUAGCCACGGCCCGAUGAGGUAACGGGCAGCUUGUGUAUCUGUAAUGUCGUGUUAUGAGCUGUGCCCACCAAUGAGCUUGGCUGGAGCUGCCCAGACAGCCGGAGCACCGACGACAGAGCCCAGCACCCUCCAGGGAGCAGCCGAGCAGACACUUCCCACGGCUUUUGGAGGGCCUACCUCCCAGGGCUGCGUCGUCCCCCGCGCUCUCAGUGUUUGAGCACAGAAGAGGGAAAAGCAUGACCGUCUGGGCCUUCUGCUCUGUGGCUGUGGAGGCACCCGUGGCUACUAUAGAGAGAGAAGGGACAGCUGCAUCCCUUGGGGCUGGACACUGACCAGGCAGAACCUUUACGUGCAUUUGUCUGGCAAACUUUCAUCAGUUGCCUGGAGUUUGACAGCUCACAGUGUGACGUGGCUGGGACGGCCCUGGAACGAGGUUGACUGCAGCUGAACGUAGUUCGUAUUCUCACUGUGAGUGAAUUUUCCACACGGCGUGUGCCCCUGGGUUUUAGCAGUGAUUCGCUUCUGUGCCCAAAGGUGGACCUGCCCCGGCACCCACAGUCGGUGUCUGCUGGGUCAGAUGCUGGACGAGGGGGCCCAUGGACGCUGACUGGUGCCUGUGUGAUGUGCAUUCGAGAUCCCCGUUGUCAAGUAUUCAUUCACUGAAUUGCUUCCAGGAAAAACAGUUCAUGUAAUCCAUACUUUAAAUUUUAUUUAAUUUUUAGGGAGUGUAUUUAACACUCGAAAACAAACAUCAGCUUGUUUUGUAUAUAAGAACCGUUUUCUAAAGGCUAAUAAAUCAAGCACUGCUUAA